AAACCAAAUCUCUAUACCAGAAACCAAACCAAUUAAUUUUAUUAAAUCGAUCGAUUAUAGCGAAAACAAUAAACCGAACCAAACCAAACCGAGUCUCUCUCGCUCUCUCUCGUUUAGGGCUUAUUUACUGAGUUUCUGUAGUCUCUUCUUUGGUUCCGUCUUCGAGAUUGAUCUGAUUUGCUUUGUUGUUUUCUUUCUGCUACAAGUAGAUAAAAAAUGGCAUGGCGCAGUGCAGCACGCUCUUUCGUCUCCGCUACAGCUAGAGCUCCGUCUCUCCGAUCUCCGCCGCCAACGCUUCCCCGCCUCCGUCCUUCCCAAUCCUCUUUGCCCCGCCGCCGAUUUGCCUCUUUCACUAAUCCCAGGAAUUUGGGAGAGCUAGGAUGCACAGAGUCAUUCUUGCCUCUGUACAAUGUUGUGGCUGCAGCGAGACUCACAUCUCACCUUAAUGUUAAUCUGCGAGCUUUCUGCGAACUCUCUAACGGUACCUUCCCACGCACUUGUCAAGAUCGCUAAUUACUCUCCAUUUGGAAUGGAAAAGAUGGGUGAUGGAAGUGGAUUUUCAGUCGCUGGCAAGAGAGGUGCUACUGCUUUGUACUUGAAUGCACAAAGUGGAUGCAUCAGUUAUCUUGAAGCAGUUGGAGACUUGAGAAAAGGGGUGUACCAAGAAGAACUCAUUGGUUGUUUUGUGUUCCAUUAGGAACCAAAAACUAUAUACAUUAUUAUCGAUCUUCCUUCGCUUUUGUCAAUUUCCAGUUUUAGAAUAUCACUGGAUUUCUCUUCAUAUUUCUUGUUGUUUAGCCCAAUGGCUUUAAAUACUUGAGGGUAGAUUCAGCAAAUUCUUGAAGAACCAUUGUUUCAUCGUUGUAUUUAUAAUGUUAUGAACUCCCUUCGGGUUUCCUGAAAGGAAUUUAAAGAAAACUUUCUUAUAGUGAAAAGAGUUCGAGAGUCACCGUCUCUUCC